UUUUAUCCUGUAUCGAAGGACCACAACUAAGCCAACAUGGACUUUCUGCCACUCAUAUUCCUAAUCUCCAUGGCCAUACCCCAUAGCUUUUCUUUGAACUCUCAAACUGCCGGCCAUGAGAAUUGCGUCAGCUCUCACACAACCCAUCAGAAUUCUUCAGCGAGAGACCGGAUUAUUGGGUUGGCUAAUGAUCCCAACACAGUAGAUUGGAUGAAGAAGGUUAGGAGAGAAAUUCACGAGCACCCAGAGCUUGCAUACGAAGAAUUCAAGACCAGUGCGCUCAUUAGGCGUGAGCUUGAUCAACUGAGUGUCACGUAUCGGUGGCCCGUGGCACGGACCGGGGUCGUAGCCACCAUUGGGUCUGGUUCCCCACCCUUUGUUGCUAUUAGAGCGGACAUGGACGCUUUGCCAAUUCAGGAAGCGGUAGAGUGGGAACACAAGAGCAAAGUAGAGGGCAAAAUGCACGCCUGUGGCCAUGAUGCACAUGUUGCCAUGCUUCUUGGCGCUGCAAAGAUACUGCAAGAACUGCGAGACAAAUUACAGGGUACUGUUAUUCUUAUAUUUCAACCUGCCGAGGAGCGCGGGGAAGGUGCAAGAGACAUGAUCAAAGAAGGAGUGCUUGAAAAUGUAGAGGCCAUUUUUGGGUUGCACAUAGUGCCUCGGUAUCCAAUCGGUGUUGUUGCAUCUCGUCCUGGAGAAUUUCUGGCUGGGUGUGGCAGCUUCAAAGCGAAGAUCAACGGGAAAGGUGGUCACGCAGCAAUUCCACAACACUCUAUUGAUCCAAUUUUGGCUGUAUCAACAUCAGUAAUUAGCUUGCAAAAUAUUGUUUCGAGGGAGGUUGACCCUUUAGAUUCUCAGGUGGUUUCUGUUGCCAUGAUCCAAGGAGGGACGGCAUUUAACGUCAUCCCGGACUCGGCUACAAUAGCUGGGACUUUCAGGGCUUUCAGCAAGAAAAGCUUUUUUGAUCUCAGGGAAAGAAUAGAAGAGGUUAUAAAAGGACAGGCGGCAGUACAUCGUUGCUCUGCUGAGAUUGAUUUUUUAGGAAAGGAACAUCCCACAAUUCCCCCGACCGUAAAUGACGAUAAAAUUUAUGAACAUGUACGCCGUGUCUCAAGUGAGAUAGUGGGAGAAGAGAACAUAAAAUUAGCUCCUUGCUUCACGGGGAGUGAAGAUUUCGCUUUCUACUUGGACAAGGUACCUGGAUCCUUCCUAUUUUUAGGCACAAGAAACGAAAAGAUUGGAGCUGUAUAUCCUCCACAUAGCCCUUACUAUAUCGUCGACGAGGAUGUGCUUCCCAUCGGGGCAGCCAUACAUGCAACAUUUGCACAUUCAUACCUUUCGGAUUUAACACGAAAGUUGCAUUCUCGUUGCUGACAGCCACAGGGGACGUCUUGUAUUUUUCAGAAUCUUCCGCAAAUUGAUCAUCAAAUUAAGGUGGUAUAUAUAUUACAGAUGAUCAUGCAAUCUUUCAGUUUCUUCUUGCCUUGGUGACGGGAAUAUAUUCUUUGGGAAAGUGGAUUCAAUGAAAUGAUUUUAUUGGGUUUUAACAUAAACAACUGCAAAAGAUCGAACAAAAAAACUAGUAUAUAUUAUAUUUUAGACAUUGGGUUUGUC